AUGCCCCCUCAAUCACCGGCUCGAUUCCUUUGCGCCCCUCGUCCGUUCGCUGAUGCAAUCACACCCAGUCUCUCUGUCAACCCGGACUGCGUUUCCAAGUUCAACGAGCUGAAACUCGGUCGCGGCGGUCCCAAAUACAUCAUCUACAAGAUCUCCGACGACCAGAAGGAGAUCGUGGUGGACGAAGUCGGCAAUGAGCCAGACUAUGACACCUUCAGGGAAAAGCUCAUCGCAAAGAAAGAGAAAACUGGCAAGGACCGCCCUUCGUAUGCCAUCUACGAUGUAGAAUUCGAGCUCGAAGGUGGUGAGGGCAAGAGAUCAAAGAUCGCAUUCAUUACAUACAUCAACCAGGACAACACCGGUGUCAAGUCGCGCAUGGUGUAUGCCAGUUCUCGUGAGACGCUGAAGAAUGCGCUGAAUGGCAUCGCCAUGAACUGGCAGGCAAACGACCCGGGCGAGUUGGAGUGGGCCGACCUGCUCAAGGAGGCCAGCAAAGGCAAAGGGACUGUCUAA